GGGUAAGGAGUUUGUGGGUAUUUCUGAGGGUUUUAUUUGAGUUGUGAGCUCAGAGAAAGCGAUUAAAGACAGACGCGCGACAGGCGCAUAUUUUCAGCGCAUAUUUGCGGGAGGGGGAGGUGCGGAAAUCGCGCACUGUUAGCGGUAGUGCAGCAGCGGAGAAGAAGAAGAAGGAGGAGGAGUAGAAGGAGUUGUUGGUGGAGGAGAAGAAGAAGAAGAAGUCAUGGAGUUUGAAGCGGUUGUGAAGCAGCGCACGGAGAGGUUCCGCGACGAGGAGCUGCACGUGCUGGUGGAGGAGAUCCUGAACCCGAACAACAAGCUGAGCCGCAGCGUCCCGAAUAAGGAGCGACGGAAAGCGUGGCGGGACAUGCUGCGGCGGGUCAACUCGGUGUCGCGGUCGAAGCGCACGCUGCUGCAGCUGAAGAAGCGCUACUACGACGUGAAGCGGCAGCGCGGCAGCAACAUUAAGCAGCUGUAUAACCGGGUGGUGGUGCGGCUCACCGGCGGAGAUCUGUACAGCAACAUUAAACAGGAGCCGAUGGAGAUCAGCCUGGAGCAGCUCGACCCGCAACACGACUCCAAACUCAACGGCCUGCUGAUGCCCUGCGUCCCCAUGCUGAAACUGGAGGAUAUAGUCAUGCACUUUUCCAAAGCACCACUUUAUUGCAUGGAACUGGAGAAUCUAGCAGAAAAUGACCCUUCCCACUCAAACAAUCAGACCACUGUGCCCUCUGAUGCCCAAAACUGUACUGGUGACACUCAAAACUCUACUGGUGAUACUCAUGCAUCUACUGGUGAUACUCAAGACUCUACUGGUGAUGCCCAAGACUCUGCUUGCCACAGCGAGACCCCAGACUCUCCCACCACCAGCAGCGUCCAGGAUCAGCCCAGCCCGUUGGUCGUAGUAGAGGAGAUCUCAGCUGAGAUAAAGCGAAUGAACACUGCAUGCAGUGCCAUGCUCGCCAGCACUGCCCAAAUAGCAAGUACCAUCAAGGAAUUGGCCACGGUUAUUGGCACUUUAAAUUACCAGCGGAGAUAUUUCGGAGAGAGGAUGCUGCAGUCCAUGGAGAACAUUUCUGUUAUUAUGAAGGAACGACGGAAGUACCAGUAAUGCACAACAACCAAGACCCUCUACACCAAACACUAAGACCUUAAAAAGUCUACCAUGUUUCUUAUAUGCUAUAGUAUCAACACUGUAACCAAACUGUAUCAUAUUUAAUUAAAACAUACUGUUUCUCCUGCUCUUGUUGGAAUGUUCUUUAUACACAAGGCGUCUUAAAUAAGGUCUUAAAUUAGUUAAGCUUAAGCUUAGGCUUAAUUUUUUUCUUAAAAUGUCUUAAAUUUGUCUUUUAAAAUUCUUAAAAUUGGUUUAAUUAUCCAAAUUUCAUAGGCAAGUUAUCUUUUUACCUAUUACAGAUUUAAUGGCAGACUAAAUUAAGAAAGUAAGUAAGAAAUAAUUGGGAAUUGUACAUUUAAUAUAAACCAACUAGAUAGCCUUAAUGUUGCACUGGACUCUACAUUCAGUGUACAAAUAGUUCUACUUUUGAAAUCAGAAGCUCACUGUAAAUUUUGUAUAUUCUGUGCUUUGUUGCAAAAGUGGUUUCAACUUUGUUUCUUUGUAAUAUUAAAAACUCUGUAUACAGAUGCCCUGUAAAACACAGUAACGUUACAUAUGCAAAUUUUAUUAUCAGACAGUGGUUCAUAUUGUGUUGCUUUAUACUCUGACUGCAAGAUGGCAGAAUUGUACUGUGUUUUCAAAUCCCCCUGUUCUGACUGGAUGAAAAAAGUAAACUUUUCGUUUGCUCAGA